CGGGCAAUUUGUUCACACAUUUCCAGUGAUUUAUGUGGCCUUCAGUCAGACGACUGGUCAUUAUCGCGAUAUUACUCGACAUCACAUCAGAUGUAACGCCAGUGCCCUCCGCCUCCACGAACCCUCUAUGGCGCGGCACAUACACCCAAAGCAGUUACUGGUACUCCGACUAUGCGGCCCCCAAACCCCCGCACCAGCCAAAGAAAGUGUACCUCCCGGUGCCGCAGGUCUGUCCCGAAACGGGACGCACCGUAUGUGCCGACGUCAAGCCCUUCUACCCGUCCGAUGAUGUGUUUGAUGUGAUCCGAGCGGCAAAAGCCAAACGAUUCAACAUUUCGAGUGAAUUCGUGGACGAGAGCCUCAACGACGAAGAGCCGCACUUCUACGACCAGCCGCCCCCUCCUCAGUACGACAACCCGCCGCCCAAACACGAGGGUUAUGUGGUCUACCAGACGGCCGUCCACUACGACUCGCCUUAUAAUAAGCCAAACAAUUAUAAUAAUAGACAACAAAACUAUAAUAACCACUACUCGUCGUACGGACCGCCGGAUACCAGUGCUCAGGGCUAUGGCUAUAAUCAGAACAACGGCUAUAAUAGCGGUUAUAAUUAUAAUAACAAUAACGUAAACAGAGCUCAAUAUCGACCGACAUAUAGUAAGCACAGCCGACCCGACCAGAAGGGCUACCCGUCCCCGUCGUACGACUCCCAUUACUCACCGCCACCGGUCAGAUAUGGCAACGACAACCACUAUCCACAGCAACAACAGUACGACAAUGAGAUGAUAUCGCAGAGCCAUCAGACCAGAUAUAAGCGCCAAACGGGUGCCGAAGUGGUGGACCCGGUGUGUCAGUCGCGCAUGAUUUUAGUGGAGCCAAAGGCGGCGCUCAACGACAGGAGUCAGUGGAAGUUUGUCAUCAAUUUGGCCGAUAGGGACCCCCGACUCAAACAGGCCAUCAAAGUGGAGGUCUGCCAAACUCCGGGUCAGUCGUGCUCUAAUCAGAUUUCACUGCCAUUUGGUUUCGUGAGUCGAUGUAAACAGAAGUACAUUAAGAAGAAGUUAUUAUCGUUGGACUCUUCUGGUCAAAGCAUAUCCUCAGAAAACUUCUUCGCCCCCUCCUGUUGUGUCUGCGAAGUGGUCCGCAAUGCCAACAACAAGCGGAAGUAAUCCACGAGAAGUCCCGUAGAAGCCAUCAUUCAUUACCAAUAGAUAAUUAAGAACCCAUUGCUCUCUUAUCUAAUGAAUACAUCCCAAGUAAUUAUAAUCUCAUUUUUCAUCCACUUUUACGAUAAUAUUGUCAUUCAAUUUAUACCGAAGACUAGU